AUGAGGGUUGAAUUGCACCACCAGCUAAUUCAACAGAAGAAUCCUUGGAAUACAGGAUCCCUGCCCUAUGCUGAGAAACCCGGCCAGGCUCUCAGCAAAGACGUUUUUAGUUCAGCAGCUGCUGCUGAUGCUCAGGUGGAAGUGCCAGCACGGGGCACGGGCAGCGCCAGCGGGAUCUCCGGGCAAGGCCGGCUCCUGGGAAUGCCUCCCGCCCUCCUGCAGCAGCCAAAGCCCCCGGGAAUCCUCCCCUCCCUCGCCUCCGACAAGAAGAAACGUGGGGAGCCCACCCUGGAAAACAGCACGGGGCUGAGGAAGCAGCCCGGACAGCACGGAGGGGUUCUGCCCCUGCACAGCCUGACCCAGGGGGAUUCUCCCACCCCGCUGGGCUCGGGCCAGGCCAACAGGCAGCACACGGACCGGCGGCUGGCCAAGGCUGCCAACAGCGUGUGGGCUCGUGCCCCGCGCUCCCACCCAAAGGUGGCAUCCCUGCUGGAAGCUCAUCCUUUUCCCGACUCUGGAACAGUGGAGUCAAAUGAUCCUAACACGCUGCACCACUUCAACCGACCAGGGAAGGCAAUCCCCUACAAACACCCCAAGCCCUUCACCGGGAUCCCCAAACCCUCCUGGGUCACCAACCGCUGGUCACCCAGCCCAGUGUACCUGGGUGGGCUGAGGAAAGAUGGUGACAAGGAGAAGGUGUGUCUGACCGAGUGCAGGAAGGAGCAGGAUGAAGUGGAGUCUUUCUGUGCCAGUGAGUUUGACUUGUGA